AUGGCAGAUCAACAAUCAUUCGACCUCGACUCUGUUAUUGACAGGCUCUUAGAAGUUAGGGGUUCGAAACCGGGCAAGCUAGUAGAACUGGAAGAGUUCGAAGUAAAAUAUCUGUGUACCAAGGCAAGAGAAAUAUUCAUCCAACAACCCAUUCUGCUGGAAUUGGAAGCCCCAAUCAAGAUCUGUGGAGAUAUCCAUGGACAGUAUUACGACUUGCUACGGCUGUUUGAAUACGGAGGGUUCCCUCCGGAGGCAAACUACCUGUUUUUGGGUGACUACGUGGACAGAGGUAGACAAUCGUUAGAGACUAUUUGUCUGUUACUAGCGUACAAAAUAAAGUACCCAGAAAACUUUUUCAUCUUGAGGGGAAAUCAUGAGUGUGCUUCGAUCAAUAGAAUAUACGGCUUCUACGAUGAAUGUAAGAGACGUUAUAGUAUUAAAUUGUGGAAGGCAUUCACAGACUGUUUUAACUGUUUGCCAAUUGCGGCAAUUAUCGACGAGAAGAUCUUUGCAAUGCAUGGAGGUUUAAGCCCAGACUUAGGAAAUAUGGACCAGAUUAGAAGAAUUAUGAGGCCAACCGACAUUCCGGACGUUGGUCUUUUAUGUGACCUGUUAUGGUCAGACCCAGACAAGGAUAUCACGGGAUGGAGUGAAAAUGAUAGAGGAGUCUCUUUUACAUUUGGACCAGAUGUCGUGUCCCGAUUCCUACACAGACAUGACAUGGACUUAAUUUGUAGGGCUCAUCAAGUGGUCGAAGAUGGGUACGAAUUCUUUUCCAAGAGACAAUUGGUGACUCUGUUUUCGGCCCCCAACUACUGCGGUGAGUUUGAUAAUGCAGGCGCCAUGAUGAGUGUUGACGAAAGUUUGCUGUGCUCCUUCCAGAUCCUCAAGCCUGCCGAGAAGAAACCACAAUAUAGUGCUUAUGGGGUGGAUAAUAGAAAGAAGAAAGGUUCAAAGUAUUAG